AUGGACGAAAUCCAAGUCGACAAGAAGCAGAGUCAACCAGCUGAGAGUAGCACUCCGGAUUAUGAAGUUGCUAAAUUGACGACUAUUGCUGAUUAUGAGGUUGAGGAGUUCUAUGGAUCCUCGACUACUCAGGCAUACCGCUUGAAGUCUGAGUUGGUGGGAAAAUGUAUGGAGGAGAUUGGCAUGGGCUGGUUUCAAUGGAAACUCUUCGUGGUUACAGGUUUUGGAUGGAUAGUCGAUAAUUUUGCCUCCCAAGGCAUUGGAAGUGUCCAACCCCCUAUCAAGCAAGAGUUCUCCGGCAUUGUGCAAGUUAGCUACAGCUCCGUUGCUUAUUAUGUUGGACUCAUUCUGGGUGCGUCGUUUUGGGGUCUGUCAAGCGAUCUCAUCGGACGCAAGCCAGCUUUCAAUUCUACGCUACUCAUUGCUGGUGUUUUCCUUUGUGCCGCUGCUGGAUCGAUGAAUUUCAUCGCAUUCAGUGCACUUUGGGCUGUUAUUGGAACUGCUGCUGGUGGAAAUGUGCCUGUUGAUUCCAUGAUAUUCCUCGAAUUCGUCCCAGGAAGUCAUCAAUAUCUUCUCACGGCUCUUUCGGCAUGGUGGAAUCUGAGCCAACUGAUUGUGUCCUUAAUUUCUUGGGUCUUCUUAGCCCACUUCAGUUGUCCAACAGAUGCCACCCCAGAGACCUGCUCUCGAAGCCAGAACAUGGGAUGGAGAUACACACUCAUCACUCUAGGUGGCUUAGCACUCACAUUUACCUUCGUUCGCAUUUUCGUUUUCAAACUUCCCGAAACCCCAAGAUAUCUGCUCUCCCAGGGAAGAGACCAGGACGCGGUCAAUGCUAUCAAUUACGUUGCCAAGCAGAAUGGCAAGCCAGAACCCCUGACACUUGAGAUGCUUCAAGCAAUCGAUGCUCAGUUUGGAAAUAUGCCCAGUGAAGAAGGAGAGUCUAAGAAGAUGACGGCAAAGGAAAUCGUCAAAGAGAACAUGCAAGCCUUCCGGGGGGAGCACUACCGUGCGCUAUUUGCAACUCGAAAGCUCGGAAGACAGACAUUGAUAAUCUGGGCCAUCUGGUUGACAGUCGGAAUUGCAUACCCGCUGUUCUUCGCCUUCUUGCCAUCCUACCUGGCAACCAAAUUCACAGAACAUUCUUCUCUCUCCCUAACCUAUCGGAACUACUGCAUCACAUCUGCCGUCGGAAUAGUCGGACCAUUAUCCGCUGCAGUAUCAGUAAAUACCCGCAUGGGCCGAAGAUGGAUGAUGGGAAUUUCAGCUGCUGUCACGGGCGUGUUCCUCUUCGCAUACGUCGGUGUCAACACUCCAUCGGCCGACUUGGCAUUUUCUUGCAUUACCAGUCUUCUGGGCAAUUUCGAAUACGCUAUUAUGUACGCGUUCACUCCGGAGUCAUUCCCAGCUCCUCAUCGCGGCACUGGCACUGGAACAGCGGCCGCCCUGCUUCGAUUUGGAGGACUCAUUGCUAGUAUUAUCUCAUCACAGACUGGAUUUACAACUGCGCCAAUCUAUGCUAGUGCGGCAUUGUGGAUUGUUGUCGGAAAAUUCAAACUAGCUAACUUCCACGAGGUUACACGCAUUCUGGAUAGUCAUCCUGGAGGAACACAGGCAAUUCUCCGUUGGGGAGGACGGGAUGCCACCGAGGAGUUCGACAUGAUCCAUCCUUCUGAGACCCUAAAGGACAUUGAACAGUCAUUUAUGGGCACAGUCGAGCCACAAGAGUCGCCAGUUACAGAUUCUACGCCCGAAGAGAUCACCCAAGCGUCAUUAAGCACAUUGCUGAACCUAGACGAGAUCGAAGCUGCUGCCACAAAGGUCAUCAGCAAAAAGGCAUGGGGAUACUACUUUUCCGCUGCCGACGACAAGAUAUCAAAGUACCUCAAUACACAGGCCUAUCGUUCAAUUCUGUUUCGACCACGGAUAUUUGUUGACUGUCGCACUUGCGAACUAGAAACCAACCUCCUGGGCCACAAAGUCGGGUUACCGAUCUUCGUCAGUCCAACUGCAAUGGCGCGUUUAGGACAUCCUGCAGGAGAAAAGGGGAUUGCCGAAGGAUGUCGCUCUUUUGGGGGUCUUCAAAUAAUCGCAAACAACUCCUCACUUUCUCCAGAGGAGAUCGUCACGAACGCGCCCCCAACACAGAUCUUCGGAUGGCAACUUUAUGUCCAAUUGAACAGACAAUUGAGUGAAAAUAUGUUAGCACGCGUUAAUUGGCUAGAUCGGAUCAAGUUUAUCGUGUUGACACUCGAUGCACCCGUAUCGGGUAAACGAGAAGACGAUGAGCGAAUCAACAUUCAAGCCAACACAGCAGCAAGUGUCAGCACCCAGCUCUUUGCUGGGACAGAUCCAUCACUUACUUGGGCGGAAACUCUUCGGUGGUUAUCACAACAUACUACUAAACCGAUUGUGCUCAAAGGAAUUCAGACACACGAAGAUGCAACUCUGGCGGCUCAGUAUGCACCUUUGGUGAGGGGGAUUGUGCUGUCCAACCACGGUGGGAGGUCGCUUGAUACAGCACCUCCUGCUGUGCAUACUCUACUUGAACUUCGAAGAUACUGCCCGGAUGUGUUCGAUAAGGUUGAAGUGUGGGUAGAUGGUGGAAUUCGUCGCGGUACAGAUGCUGUCAAGGCGCUAUGUCUCGGGGCCAAAGCUGUCGGGAUAGGAAGGCCGGCUCUUUGGGGUCUCGCUGCUGGUGGGGUUGAUGGUGUUGAGCGAACAUUGCAGAUUCUAUCGGAUGAAAUGAAAACAUGCAUGCGCCUCCUUGGUGUAAAGGAAGUAGGCGACCUUGGCCCUCAACAUAUCAACACGGCUAUAUUGCAACAGCAAAUUUAUGGAGGAACUUCGCAUCUGGGUUUGAUGAAAGGGAAACUUUGA